AACACGCUUCAGAGCAGAGAUAUUCCGGUUGCCUGUUUCAAAACGUCAUCUUAGGCGAUCCGUUUAUUCCUGAAGAUAAUUUCUGUAAAUACGGUUCGCCGCCGAGCGAAGGUGGUGAUGAGAAGGAAUCAUUUAUAAUGGCGUCAGCGUUGGAACAAUUUGUGAAUAACGUGCGGACGCUAUCGAAACAAGGCAAUUUUCGGGAACUGAAGGAAGAGAUAAUAACAAAAAACACCGACGUUCUUAUUAAAAAUGGACAACACUUAGAUAAUGUACUUGAAACCUUAAACCUCCAAGAGCAUUCAUUAGGAAUCCUAGCCGUGCUCUGUGUGAAAUUCACGCUGCUCAAUUCGAAUGGUACAACCAACGCCGAUAGUUACAAGCCAUUAUUUAAUCAGGUUCAAGAAUUCAUUAUCGGUUGCAAUGGAGAACAAGUCAGAUUUGCUUCUGACAUAUAUGCAGAACUGUGUCACUUGUUUACUCAAACGUUGGUCGAACUCCAAAUACCUUUACGUGGCAUCGAACUGUUGCGUAGGGCAAUACGCAAAAUACAAUUAUUCGACAGCCAGCUCACGUCGAUCCACGCGGACCUCUGUCAGCUCUGUCUGCUGUCGAAGUGUCUCAAGCCGUCUCUAGAGUUCCUCGACAUAGACGUCACUGGGAUCAGUCAAGAGGAGGGCCAGUUCGACUCGAAAUAUUUUUUACUCUAUUAUUAUUACGGUGGAAUGAUCUACACAGCGUUGAAGAACUACGACCGGGCGUUGUACUUCUUCGAGGUCUGCGUAACGACGCCCGCCAUGGCGGUCAGUUACAUCAUGUUAGAGGCCUAUAAAAAAUACAUUCUGGUCUCUCUGAUACUGCACGGGAAAGUGUUGAAUCUGCCGAGGUACACCAGUCAAGUAGUCAAUAGGUACAUCAAACCUCUCGGUCAACAGUAUCAAGAACUGGCGAACGCCUACCAGAUGAACAGCUGCGAGGAAGUGCAGAAUAUUAUUACCAAAUAUCAACAACUUUUUACGAGAGACCACAACAUGGGCCUCGUCAAACAAGUACUCAGUUAUUUGUAUAAGAAGAAUAUACAAAGGUUGACGAAAACCUUUUUGACUCUUAGCUUAAGCGAUGUGGCGAGCAGAGUCCAAUUGUCUGGACCUGCGGAUGCCGAGAAAUAUAUUUUAAACAUGAUAGAGGACGGAGAAAUUUUCGCAACGAUCAAUCAAAAGGACGGAAUGGUAGUAUUCCAUGACGAUCCGGAGAAGUACAAUUCGCCGGAAAUGUUGGCGAAGUUAGAAAAGGAGAUGGCAGCGUGUAUGGAAUUGGACAAACGUGUUCUCGAGAUGGAGGAGGAGGUCGUCCUCACGCCGCAAUACGUUCGGAAAGCUUGCGGGCAAAACGAUCAGGACGACCAGACGGCUGGACCCGCUCCAACGAACGUAACGAAUGUGCAGGGUCAAUCCAAACAUAACACCUAUCCUAUGUAACAUACACACAUCGUUGUGCGUUAUCUUUAUUAAAAAAAAAAAAAAAAGAAACGAAAUCGAAAGGGAGAACGAAUCUUGUCCAACGUGAAAACUCGAAAUUCAUAAGCCUGUUUUGGAUGAGAACGAAAUUUGGCUAGACAUCGUCUAUUUUGUAUAGAAUACAAAAAUUAUUAUAAUCAUUAUAUCGAAACUAAUAAAAUAUGAUUUUUUAAAAAAAAAAGAAACUUAUACACCGGACGCAGUGUAGAAUGGGAUUUAAUAUCAUUUCCCCUGACAUCCGAAACAGGCUUUGUAUCCAAGAACUGGAGAGUGCAUUGUACAAUGUCAUAGUUAGAACGUUGUGAUACAUAGCAAGAAAGAGACGAUCACAUUUACGAUAUAAAAGAUUCGCGAACUGUACACGUUUGAUGGGCAUUUUCCAGGGAGUUCAAUGAUCGAUCGAUACAGAUAAUGCACCAACAGAACAUGUACAUAUAUAUAUUUCUAAAAAUAAGGAAAAUAACAGAA